AUGAUUGCUCCAGAUUUUACAGGUAGCAUUUUUGAAAAGACAAAAUAUUCUUUAAUUGAUACUACUUUGUCACCAAUUCCACAAUUGGUGCCACCCAAACCAGUUGUUUCGAAAAUACCAGGAAAAUCAGUAUUAGAACUUUUAGAACAGCUUGAUUUGGGGGAUGAAAGACCGGGAAUAUCAGGAACACAAACUCCAAAGCAAAAAAUGCCUCAAAAAAUCGGAAAGACUAAAAGGGGAACUGUUUUACAAUUUGCAAUGCCAACGAGAAAACGAAGUACCAGUGACGAAGAUAGUGAUAGUGAUUCUGUUCAGAUGCCAAAGAAAAGUAAAUUAGAAUCAAAAGAAGAAGAAGAAAAAGUUGGUAUUGAAGAGGAAAAAGAAAAAGUCAAACCAGAAGAGAGAAAAAUUUCUAAAAAAGGAAAAGACCCCCUUUCUAAAAAUGUUCCUUUCAAAAUCAAAAGAAGAAGAGAACACGUCGAAGAAAAUAAAGACCAGUCUGAUGAAAGUCCUUCGACUUCUGUUGGAUCAGGUAAAAGAGUAAAAACAGAGGAAAGUCCAACAACUCAACCUAAAGAAGAAUCAGAAGAACAAGAAAAAGAUGUUUUAGACAAAGGUGAUAUAGAAAGAAAACAACAAUAA